AUGACGCGGGAAAUGGAAUUGAGAGGACUUCGUUUCGUCAUGCUGGCGCUGCCAGCAAUUUUGCCAAUUUGCCUAGCAGACGUCCAGUUUUUCGCCGAUCCCGACCCUCUGUCUCGGAUCAUACGAGAACGCGCUUUGAGGAUCGCGAGCAUACGGAAUGCCGACUCAAAUCGACCAUCCCGAGCUACCAAAGCUGCAUCUGUCGUCUCAGACGACGAAUCAUCUUUGCUUACAAAUCACGCGAUUCCCCAAAAGACGAUCCGGAAAACGUUUCGCGAUUCGCGUGCCGAUAUUCUGCGAAGUCAGAGAGUCACUCGACCGCCAACGGAAUCCAUUCGGAAAUCGACGGUUGCAGAAGAACAUACCGCGCAGAAUCUCAGUCUUCCCAUCAACACCGUGAACUCGGCGGAAAAACCGAGAAUCCAAGACCAGGAACUCCAUCUCUCGCCAGCAUUUUCAGCUGAAAAACUCUUACAGCAAGUCCAGACGGCGGCUGAUGAAGCAGUUUCAAUCGUGGAACUUGUUCUAAAUGCGGAAACAGACGAUGCGGUUUCCGAAAAGCAAGACGAGCAAAUCGAAGCUACUUCGCAGCCUGAGGAAAAGCCCGAACCAGAAAUAACCACCGCAACAAAUUCUCGAGAAGUCCUAGAUGUCACUGAAACUCUAGAACCAACAACUGAACAAUCACAAGACUCAGAACCCGAUGAUGAAGGAACUCAGACCACUACAGUGGAGAGCCAAGAAGCUACGGAAACACCAGAGGCUAGGCCACUUAAAGACGAACAAGUGGUUUCGACAGCCGAUGACGAAGCAGAAGAGCAGCCAGCUCAAACAACCGCGAAUCCCCAAUCGAACCCCGACGAUUUUCAGGAAGGGGUACCGGAAGACUCAAGCAACGAAUCCACCACAGAAGAAACUAGUACAGUGAGUUCAGAUGACGUGAGACACACAAACGACUCUUCAGAAACAACAACCAUCACCUCCGAAAUUUCCGAGACGAGCUCUGAAGUGCAAACGACUACAGAAAAUGUCGACUCUUCCGUGGAGUCAACCUCCUUCGCGAAUUUGUCUGGAGAAGAUGAUAUCUCGGAGACAACGACGACAGGAAAUCUGAGGGAUCACAGUAAUUCAAGUAGCAGCAGCAGCAGCGAAGAAGUCACAUGGGAUGCUUCGGAUUCGUCGACAACGAGGUCACCAAAUGACUCUUCGGAGAAUAGUAGCAGCGAAGAGGAAAUUGGAGGGACAACCACUGAAUUUGACACCUCCGACAGCACCAACGCUGCUGCAAGCACAACAGAAUCCAUAAGCUCGAAUGACGAUGAAGAAGAAGCUAAUAUUCACGAAGACGAGGCUGAUGAUGAAGUGCAGAAAAAUGUUCAAGAAACGACAACUGAUUCUGAUAGAAGCCAAGAAAUCGUCCAGACAACUACUGAGACGACUGAUUCCUCGAAAGAAGCUCAGAAUGCUGAAGUCCAUCAAAACUGGACACAUCAUCCCGACAGAGAAGCCUCGCAAGAAGCUCAGAUUGAAGAGCGGGACAACUUCGGAACCACGCCAUUGCCCCAAGAAGAGCACACAUCAUCGCAACCGGAAACUGACGAUACAACGUCGGACCCGCCUUCAAAAGACGAGAAGAGAGAAUCAAGAUUGAAAGACAACGCAUUACGACAUGAACCAGCAGCUCCAAACACUGAAGCCGAGAGCUUCGAUACAGAUUCGUCCGAGUUACACACGUCGCUGCUCAGGGCAUCCUACGGAAAUGUACUCAAUCAUCCGACGCAAGUCAGGUCUUUCAUCGUGGAAGCAAGACAAACUGCUGAGUCAACCGACCGAGCUGCUCCGAGAAACUUGUACCUCAAACUCAACCUGGAUAAGUUAUUGGAUUCCCUCGCGAAAACACGGCGGACCCACUAAUCUUGAAAUUUUCUUUAUGGGGUGGUCUAGAACUUCGCGGACUUUUAGGGAAAAGCGAGUCUCAAAAAAGAAAGAAUCAUUCAACAAUAUCAAGUACCAAGAGUACAUGUUCUUGCUUCGCUCACAGACAAGCACUUCUGUGGACUUAGAUUUCACUUUCAUGCAACGCUAGUAGGUUAGUAGUAGGUUGAUUAAAAUGCACUUCCAUGUUUCCCCAGAACGCAUGAAAAACAUAAAAUUCUCAUACCGACUCAGUCUGAGACAACUCUUGUGAUAUCAAAAAUUAAUCGCUUUUUUUUAAUACAGCAGUUUGCUCGUCAGUAAAAGUCAAGUACAGUAGAAUACAUAAGGUAUACAGAAUUUUGAGAGCGACACUUAUUCGAAGACAAAAGCAAAUUCAGAGCAAUUUUUAUUUACGUGCCAACUUGACUUGCUAACUCUAUUCAACCCUGAAGAAUUACAGAUAAACGUCAAUUUAAAACGAAACUGACCCAAUAAACAUACGUUUCAAAAAGCAUGUAUAAAAAGGAGCUGAUGAGUGAAUCGACUGAAACUUUCGUUUCCACGCAUUCCAUUCAAAAAAGCAAGGAACAAAACUACAGUGCUAUGUUUUGAUACAAAUUGUCUUCCACAAACGGAGCUUUCAUGCUCAGGUUUUGGGGGUUUAUCUCCUGAUUUGGCGUCAGUUUCGAUCAUUGUUGGCGACUGAAAGCCAAAAGACGUGUUUUAAUUUGUUUCUGAUCAAGAAAUUCCGCGAGUUUUAUGACCUCCCCAAACAUCAUCUUGUUCUAGUCC